AGACACAGCCACCCAGGGCGGAGGAGCAGUAGCCAGUGGAAGAUUCUCGCGGCCCCAAGGCUCCCCGAAGCGGCGAUGGGGCGGGAGGCGACGAAGCUCGACGCCGAGCAGCAGCAGCUCCUGCUGCGCCGCUGCCGCCGGCUCUUCACCGCCGAGGAGCGAUCGUUCCGCAUGGAUCGGCGCUCGCAGUCCGCCUUCGCCCUCCGCGCUGCCGUCGCCGACGUGCUCCCCCGCUUCCUCGGCAGCUACACCGACGAAACCCUCGCGGAGUACAUUGUAAUUUUAAUCUGUAAUGGAAAACAUCAAUAUCAAGCGCGUGAUGACUUGGAGGCCUUUCUGGGUGAUGACAGUGCAAAAUUUGUUGCAUGGCUUUGGAGUUAUCUGAGCAAACAGGCUGUGACAUCAGCUGAUAAUUGUAAUUUUGAACAUGGGAUGGACAACGAGAUUGAGAACUUGAAUGACAAGAGAAAUCUUUUUGUUGCGAAAGCCCACCAUGGGCAUGCUCAUGAUGUAAACUCAAAGAUCUCAGUACCAGAAACAUACCAUGGUCUUCAUAAGCUUGAUUCAACUACAGGACGAAAUGUGCCUCCGCGGUGUAUCAGCUCCACUGUUUUAAUUUCUCCUGAAAAAUCGGGCUGCGACCAGUGCAUUUGGGAGAAUCAGCAUCACAAGCAGAAUGGUCAAAACGCAGCAAGCAGCAGAAGCUUCUCUGAAAGGACUACACAGAUAUUAAUGCAAGAGGAACUUCAUGGAGAGCACCUUGGAAGAAAUGCUUCUACAAGAUGGUUGCCUGAGGCUGUGGGAAUCGAUGAUGGAAGAGCGCCAGUGUCCUUGAAACGACGUCGCAAUGUCUGGGAUAGGCUAGGGAAGCCUGUUGUAGAAGAUUGUGGUUUAGUUAGACAAACUCAUGACAUAUCUGUUCAAAAUGGAGCACAUAAGAUGCCCAAGUUGAUGGUGGCUGAGCAUGAACAAAGAUACCAUGUCAUCUCAAAUGCACAAAAUGAAGCAGGUUCCAGAAAAUUCACCACUGGUUAUACAGAUGUCAACACAGUGCAAGGACAUCAGCACGUGGGGAAGCCAAAUAGAAGCAGGCUUAUUGGCCGCCUAAGUUUUGGUGAAGGAAAUGUGUUUCAUGGUGAUAUGGGACGCAAAAAUCUUAAAGAUAGAGAUGUUAUCAGCCAGAAGUCCAGUUUGACAUUGCCAAUCAAAAGCAUUCAAUCACAAAGUUUGAAUGAGUUUACAUGUGACAUGAAGGACUCACCUGCUGCUGCUUCUGAGCCCACAUGUAAUAUAUUCAAACCAUCAAAAGGUCAUGUGUUGGCUUCCAAAAAGUUGCCUCCACUAACUAUGCGGAGAAAUUCAGAAACUGAAUUAUCGCAUGGUGAGCAAGUUAGCAGCCCUGCGCAGUCAAAGACUCCAUCUUCUGUACAUGAAGAUGGUAACAGUUGCAGGGACAAGCCUGUGAAAGAAGAAAUUUUGGAUGUCAAACUAAAGCUCAAGCAAAUGGAACAAGACGUCCUCAAGCUUCGUUCCAAGCAGGCACAGAUAAACAAUGGAAAGCAAGGAGCCCUAUCAUUAGGGCCCUAUGCUAAUUCGGAAGAAGAUGCUGACUCCAGAACUAUUUUCGUCAGAAAUGUACAUUUUGCGGCAACAAAGGAAGCAUUGUCAAUGCAUUUCAUGAAGUGUGGCACUGUGAUUAAGGUUAACAUUUUGACAGAUGCCAUUACUGGCCACCCUAAAGGGGCUGCAUGUAUUACAUUCGCUGACAGGGAAUCUAUUGAGAAGGCUGUAUCUUUGAGUGGGACAUCAUUUCUCACCAGAGUACUCACUGUAAUGCGUAAAGCGAAUGCACCUCCAGGAUUUUUGGCAUCUGUUCAACAGGCUGGGAGGCCUCUGCAGCCAUGGAAGUCACCACCGCUCAAGACAGUGUCAACCCCAAAGAAGGCCUCUGGUUACCAUCUCCAAUGGAAACGCGACCAGUCUGUGUUGGAGAUAUCCCCUGCCAGCUGCGCCACCAACUGAGUAUCAAAUUGGGGGAGACGAGAAAAUCAUACUUGAGCUACAUCUGCUUGCCAAUGCCAAUGCCAAUGCACACAGCUUCGCACGUGGGUGACCAUAUGGUUUAUAACAGAUCAAAGAAAGAAUGUUUUUCUUUGGUAUGUUCCUUGCAGGUUUAUUCAGAGCCAGAUAUAGGAUUCAUGAGAUGAGACAGGUUUUUCCGCAGCCAAAGCUAAAGCUAUAGAGCCUCCUCCAAACACCCCCCCCCCCCCACCCCCCUCUCCCUCCCUCCCUCCCUCCCUCUCUCUCUCCCGCUCCCUCCCCCUCCCUCCCUCCCCCUCUCGGAUAUGCUGUAGUGCGUGCCCAGAUUCAUCCUGAACUUCCACGAAACCUCCGAAUGGUGGCUGCCGCUCCAGUGACUUGAAAUGUAAUUACAGUUCUGGAACUUCACAAAACUCUGAAAAUAUAGUGAAGCAACACAUGUGGGUUUAGACCCAACAUUUUAUUCCUUCUCUCUCUUAAACGGGUUGCGUCACUGCUAGAUUUGUAUUGUUCAGUGGUUAUCAGACUAUCAGAGUUUUGGGUCACAUUCCCUUAUGCUUAUUGCGGUUGAUAGUGUGACCUAAGAUUUUGGAAAGCAGUGUCAGAUUAACGAACGGUGCUUGUUGUUUA